AGAGAUUUUGGUAAGAUUUUAAUUAUUUUAAUUAUUUCAUUUGAAGAACCAGCGUAUACUACCUUUAGCAUACUAAAUAUAUUUCUGUUGGAUAACAAGACUGAAUAGCUGACUAUCUGAUCAUUUAAAAUCAUCCAACUUUCAAUUUCAAAUCAACCUAUUUUAGUGCAUAAUGAUAUCACUAUCACAAGAUUUUGCAUAUCAUUCCUGAUGCAGCCACCACUAGAGAAUGAAUCCAUUGUCUUAGUAUUUACACUCUCUGGACUAAAUGAAACAAUGGGAAACAGAUUUGUGUUUUUUUCUUUGACUGCAUUGUAUUAUCUAUUAAUUGUGUUGUGCAAUGUAACCAUAAUUUACACUGUAAUCUCGCAGAAGAGGCUUCAUGAGCCAAUGUAUGUCUUUAUAUGUAAUUUGUGUAUAAAUGGACUUUUUGGCACUGCUGGAUUCUACCCUAAAUUCAUGUAUGAUUUAUUAUCCCAGUAUCAUGUGAUUUCUUAUGCUGGAUGUCUGCUUCAGAUAUUUGUCAUUUAUUCAUCUGUUCUGUGUGAUUUUUCAACAUUAACAGUGAUGGCAUAUGACAGAUAUGUGGCAAUAUGUAGACCACUGGAGUAUCAUUCAAUAAUGACCAAUCAGAGGAUUCUUGAAUGUAUCCUUUUCUGCUGGCUAUCUCCAUUUUUUUGCAUGUGUGUUGGAGUUGUAUUAACAUCAAGACUAAAAUUAUGUGGCUCUAUUAUUGAAAAGCUUUAUUGUGAAAAUUGGUCAGUUAUUAAACUUUCCUGUUUUUCUACAACAGUAAAUAAUGUGAUUGGGUAUGUAGUCAUUAUUAUAUAUUUUGGACAUGCAAUACUGAUAUUUUGCUCAUACAUUCACUUGAUUGGAAAAUGCAUAAAGUCAAAAGAGGGCAAGCAUAAAUUCAUACAAACAUGUGUACCACAUCUUCUUGCAUUGCUCAAUGUGACCGUUGCAUUGCUGUUUGACGUGCUGUACACUCGUUAUGGUUCAAAAAAUUUGCCGCAAGAUUUACGUAAUUUCAUGGCUCUAGAAUUUUUACUCAUACCACCUAUUUUAAACCCCCUCAUUUAUGGACUAAAUCUGACAAGACUACGGAAGCAAGUCAUGAGAGUGUUUUUCAAAACAAAAGUGGAAAUAUCGGAUUGAAUAAGUCACAAACAAAGAUUUUUAUUAUCUUAAAUAUUAAACAACUUGUAUUAUGGAAAUUGUUUUAUUUUAUUCAAAACAAAGUACAAAUUGUAAUAGCUAGUAGGUUUUUCCUUUUCAGCCAUAUCAUAAGAAUUUCUCAUAUAUUGUUUUUUUUUUUUGUUUUUUUUGUUUUUUUUGUAUGAAAACAUAAAAUUAUGUAGGCCUACACUUAUUUUUAUGCUUCGUUGAUAUGUAUUUAACUAGAUGGAUUUAGCCUAACUUUCAUACAUGUUAAUGAAUUUAAAAAUGAAUGUAAUUGUAAUUAUGUUUUGAAAUUUAGUGGGGCAAAAGUCAGGAAUGAGAUUGGCCUCAAUUUUAUGUAUUUAGUAUUGGUCUCUGUAUUGUAUUGCUGGAUAUUUAACAGUUGCUCAGAUAUGCUCAGUGCAUCCCGAGAUUAAAAUAUACUGCCUGCCUAUAAUGGUCUGCAUUUAUAAAUGAAACAAACUUACACAUGUUCAAAAUCAUUUUUGAUGUUUUACAGUUGUGUAUACCCUAGUGAAAAAAUAGUAUACUUAAGCACAUUUUAUUCCUAUGUACUUUAGUUUAACUAAAUGUAUUUGUGGCAUGCUAUAAAUUGGUAUACUGAAAGUCUGCUAAACUGGAACAACCAAUUUUUUACUAAAUGCAUUUUAGUUGUCCAAAAGCAGUGCUGAAGUUCAACUAAAGUUGCAUUUAAUAUACUUGUUUAUGCUAAAGUGGAACUAUCCGAAGUAUACUUUAGUACACUUUAAAUAUACUCUUGUAUUUAAGAUUUAAAAUGCAGAAUUCACUCAGCAUAAUCCUCAAAUAUAUUUUGGUGAUGUUACAACUGCAGUUCAAUUACACUGUAAGAGUGUUGAACAUAGAUUAAUAUUAUACUGAUAACUUUUAGUGAUUUUAAA